AUGACCUUCCGCUCCAUAGUGCUUGGCGUGUUCUUUGUCGGACUGAUCUCGUUUGUCAACCAGUUCUACUGGGAGCGCGAUAAUCCAAUUGCCCUCAACCUGCUGAUCGUCCAGCUCCUGUGCUAUCCGCUGGGCAUAGGCAUGGCUUGGUUCUUGCCCAUCCGGACAUGGAACGUCUUUGGCUGGCAAUGGACAAUGAACCCAGGCCCCUUCACUAUCAAGGAGCAUGUGCUGAUCUCUCUCAUGUCAAACUCGAGUGCCUUCAUGGCGCUGACAGUCGAUAUUUUCGCUGUGCUGCGCCUGUACUAUGACUCGUCGUUCUCGCUCUGGAUUUCGCUGGUGCUGCUGCUCUCGGGCCAGCUGUUUGCAUACUCGUUGGCUGGCCUGUCCCGCACACUCUUGGUACUUCCGGCGUCGAUGAUUUGGCCGUCGUCGUUGAUUAAUGCGUCUCUGUUCCGCACGUUUCACGAGCGUGAUGAUAGUGCCAGUGCAGCGACGGCAAUAGGACAGCAGGCAGCUGCAACUGUGGCUCUGCCGUGGUGGAAGCCCUCGUUAACUGGAGUCAGCCGCACGCGGUUCUUCUGGAUGUGCUUUGUCGGCAGCUUUGUUUGGUUUUUUGUCCCCGGAUACCUCGUCCAAGUACUGUCGACCAUCUCCGUGCUGUGUUUGGUCGCGCCCAACAACCACCUCAUCAACCUCAUUGGCGACGGCAAGCAGGGGCUCGGAGUUUUAUCGUUCUCGCUCGACUGGAGCGUCUUCUCCAAUGCGUUUCUGAGCAGCCCCAUUGCCACGCCCUUCUGGGCAGCGUGCAAUCUGUUUAUCGGUUUUGUGCUCGUGUUCUGGGUCGCACUGCCAAUCGCCUAUUUCCGCAAUACCUGGGGUGCCGCGUCCCUGCCGCUGUACAGCGCCAGCGUGUUUACCACCAAUGGAUCAGUCUACAAUAUCUCGCGUGUCAUGCAUAAUGGGGUGUUUGAUGCCAAGGCGUACAGCAGCUACAGCCCGCUCCGCAUGUCGCUCGAGUUUGCGUGGGUCUACGGGAUUGGCUUCGCGGCACUGAUGUCCAUUCUGGUACAUAUUGCUAUUUACAAUGGCCGCGAGAUCCUGGAGCGCGUGCGUGAGACAAAGAACUCCAAGCAUGACGACAUACACGGCAAGCUCAUUGCCCGGUACCCGCCAGUCAAGGUGUGGUGGCGGCAUUGCUGUCGGCGUGGGCGGCCAUAUUGGCGUGCCGUGGUGGGGGUAUCUGCUGUCGUUCGCCAUUCGCCAUCAUUCCUGAUUAUUCCGGUCGGAAUCAUCCAGGCCGUGUCCAACCGGCAGCCGGGUCUGAGUCUAGUGGCCGAGCUGCUGUCAGGCAUUGUCCUGCAAGGCAUUCCGACCGGAUACUCGGUGCUGAAGCUCUACGGCCACGGCAGCCUGGCGCAGGCACUGUCGUAUGCGCAGGAUAUGAAGCUCGGACACUACAUGAAGAUCCCGCCGCGCCAAGUGCUGCUGUACCAGGUUGUCGGCAUUGUCAUCAGCGUUGUGAUACAGACAUACUUGUUCUUCUCGCUCAUCGACCACAUCCCGCACAUGUGCCGCACUGACGGAUACCCGUGGGUGUGUCGCUCCACCAACCUGGUGUAUAGCGCGUCGAUUAUCUGGAAUCUGAUCGGCCCAAUGCGCGUCUUUGGCGAGGGGUCGCCAUAUAGCCCGCUGCUAUGGGGAUUCCUAUUCGGACUGGUGUUGCCCAUCCCUGUCUACUUUUUGCAGCGGCAGUUUCCGAAUUCGACAUGGCUCAAGCACGUCUACAUCCCAGUCAUCCUAUCGGGGAUCGUGGGUCUGCCGCCUAUGCCGCCAGUCGACUUCCCCAUGUGGUUCCUGUUUGGAUUCAUCUUCAAUUUCUGGAUCUACACAUAUGCGAACUCGUGGUGGAGGCGGACUGGAUUCAGGCCUGGCCUAUCUCUGGCUAUUUUCCAGUUCAUGGUCCUGGCGCAGAACGGGCUCAAGAUCGACUGGUGGGGGAAUCGCGUUGACCAGCAGUGCAAGCUCAGCUCGAUACCAUGGCUGUCCCCAUCCGGCACACACCAAAAAUAA